UUUCUUUCCUAAAGAUUUUGGCGCUGAUGUCCAGUCGCAUUGUGUCGAAUGUGAGAGAUAAAUGGAAGUUAACAAAACCGCCAUUUCCGCCAUUGGAAGAAGCUCCAGAGUUGGGCAACAAUUUAUUUUCUCUGUAUUGAAGUGCUGUAUAUCUGUUCGUAAUCUUGCGAAGAUCCAUGCCCAAAUACUUGUCAGCGGCUUUGCCCAGAAAAAUUACAUCCUCGUCAACCUUUUGUCGCUCUAUAUCUCUUUUGGUUCUCUUGGAACUGCCCAGAAAGUUUUCGAGGACACUAGUGCACCGAGUACGACUGUGUGGAACCAGAUAAUUAGAGGCCAUGCUCGGAGCAAAACGCCCCAAGAAUCAAUUCAGCUGUUCAAACGGAUGACGGCGGCGGAAGUUGAGGCUGAUGGGUUCACGUAUUCGUUUCUUCUGAGUGCGUGUGUGAGAUCGAGGUUGUUCAGAGAGGGGGAACAGAUACAUGGGAGAGUUUUAGUAAAUGGGUAUUGGUCCAACACAUAUGUUAGAACGAAUUUGAUCAAUUUAUACGCAAAUGGUGGAGGUGUAGGGGAUUUUGAUCUUAAGCGUGCGCGUUACAUGUUUGAUGAAAUGCCUGACGCAAAUGUCGUAGGUUGGAAUUCCUUGCUCGCAGGGUAUGUUAGACGUGGUGAUUUUGAUGGGGCUAGAAAAGUUUUCGACGAGAUGCCUGAGAGGAAUGUCCAGACAUGGACUACAAUGGUUGCAGGAUUUGCUCAAAAUGGCCAGUGUAAGCUAGCUUUGUCACUAUUUAAUCAAAUGAGAAGGGCUGGUAUGGAAUUGGAUCAGGUGGCAUUGGUGGCUGCAUUGUCAGCUUGUGCUGAAUUGGGAAACUUGACAUUGGGAAAAUGGAUUCAUAGGUAUGUUGAAAGAACAUGGCGGAGUAGACACCUCCCAGUUUUGGUGUCUCUGAACAAUUCUCUGAUGCACAUGUAUGCAAGUUGUGGUGUUAUGGAUUUAGCAUAUAAAGUGUUCAAAGAAAUGUCCCGACGAAACACUGUGUCUUGGUCGAGCAUUAUAACUGGGUUUGCGAAACAGGGUUGUGGAGAAGAAGCUAUUAGAGUCUUUCAGUUAAUGCUGUGCUCUGGCCAAAAUGAAGUGAGACCUGACGAGAUAACCUUCGUUGGAGUUCUCACUGCUUGUAGUCAUGCCGGUUUAAUCGAUGACGGCAUCCGACUUUUCCAGUCUAUGCACAAAAUUUUCGAAGUCAUCCCACAGAUUGAGCAUUAUGGAUGCAUGGUUGAUCUCUUGAGCCGUGCAGGUUUACUGAAUGAAGCGUUGAAGCUGAUUGAAAGUAUGCCAAUGAAGCCAAACAAUGUCGUAUGGGGUGCACUUCUCAACGGCUGUAGAAUUCACAAGAAUGACAAGAUCGCAUCCCAUGUCGCAAAACAAUUGGCUUUGGAAAUUGAUCCCUGCAACCAAGCUGCUGGAUACUUUAUGCUCCUAGCUAAUGUUUAUGCUGCAGACAAACGUUGGCGAGACACUGCCAUUGUGAGACAGAACAUGCUCGACAUAGGAGUGAAGAAACCUUCAGGCAGAAGUUGGAUCGAGAUAAAUGGAGUCGUAUGUGAUUUCGUGGCAGGGGAUGAGACUCAUAAGGAUGUGAGUUUAAUUUACGAGAUGCUUGGUAACAUAACCAGACAAGCCCGGAUGGAAAGCUGCAAAUCAGAGACAAUAUCAGAGGCAAUUGUUGGUGACUAAUGGAGGCAGUUGGGGAACUGAGAUGAAAGACUUCUGGUAAGAUUGCUAUUUUGCUGCUGCAACAUACUAGUUGAAACUAAAUGUAGCAAUAGCAUUUGUUUAGCCUUGUAGUUCUCUCAAUCUUAUUCUCAACUCUUCUGAAGAAUCUAUGCAAAUGUUUAUGGUAUCAAUGGAAGUUUCAAUUAUAAAACCUUUUAUGAA